AUGUCCCCGCACCAAACCACCGGCCAGGAAUCGGACAACAUGGCCGUGAAUGGCGAGAAUGCACAAGCUUCCUCCCAAUAUAUACAGCUAAACAGCGAGGAGACAACUGAUACGGUAGCAGCCGAGAAGAAAGCUGCUGCCGCAAAGGCAAAAGACCCUUCAAGGCCGAAGAGGAAAAAGGCAAAGAGAGCUUGUUACGCCUGUCAGAGGGGUCAUCUUACUUGCGGUGACGAGAGACCGUGCCAGCGUUGUAUAAAGCGUGGAUUCCAAGAUGCUUGCCACGAUGGCGUGCGAAAGAAAGCCAAAUACCUCCACGAUGCCCCGAACGAGGCAUUGAUGGCUGGAGUGGGUGCGAGUCUUUAUAACCAGAGGAACACGACGCAAAACAGCAUCAAUGGAGCAAACGCACCUUCUAGUGCUUCUCAACAGAUAACUUCUCCCAAUUUUUAUAAUGCACAACAGUCACCUGAUUAUAAUGGCUAUUCACAAACAAAGGCCGAACUGCAGGACAGUACAAUAGGACCCGAGAACUUUGCCUCACAGUCUCCCGUUUCGCCAACAUAUCAAAUGGGUCAACCCAUGCCGAACCAAGGCCUCUCUCCCUCUCUCCCGCAAUCUGCAAGCGAAACUCCAUCAACGGCUAAUGGUGCUCCGAGUCAAUUCAACUCGGCCUUCUUUGACCCAAGUGACCCUGCCCUGUUCAACUUUGACCUUGCCAGCAUGAACUUUGGGAACCACUAUGGUGCUUUGGAAUUUGGAAUGCUUGGGCAUAUGGCGACAGGGGUAGGUGACACACCACCUAGCGAUAACGGAGCCCAACGUGGAUCAAUUGGCCAAAACAGCUCCGGGACAUUCGGGCUCGCUGGAUCCAACUUUGCUGAGAGCCCUAGCAACCAGGGGCCCUAUUUGUUCGGUGACUCUGGUAUGAACGACUGGACGCAAUCUGCACCCGUCAAUAGGAGGAAUAUGUACGGUUCAAAUGCAAACAUGGUGGCGGGAAAUAUGUCAGACAAACCGCAUGCGUUUGCCAUUGAAAGUGCCCCGGCCAAUUUCGCUAGCCCUGCUUCCAACGAAAGCCCGAUGAUGACAACCAGCUCCGCGACAUUUGAAGACGCCGCUAAUGCCACGGCAUUUAAUUCGAGACAAAAUACAUCCUUGCCACAGCAGCAGCAGCAGCAGAGACAACAGCCGGUCGUAUCAACUCCCCAACUUAAGCAACAAAAUUUAAACAUUGGCAGCAGGCGCAGGCAUAAAAAUGCAUCAUCUAUUUAUGACAGUGUCAAGGAUCCAUACUCGUACACAAGUGGCUUUCACUCCUUAACGGCAUUCAUACAGCGCCGUUUCUCUCCGCAAAAGACGCUACGAAUUGCCAAAGCAUUGGCGUCGAUUCGACCAUCAUUCAUUGCGACAACCAAGACCCUCAAUAGGGAUGAUUUGAUAUUCAUGGAGAAAUGCUUCCAGCGUACGCUCUGGGAAUAUGAAGAUUUCAUCAACGCGUGUGGCACACCGACCAUAGUCUGCCGACGAACAGGUGAAAUCGCUGCCGUGGGCAAAGAAUUCAGCAUCCUUACUGGCUGGAGGAAGGAAGUCCUCCUAGGCAAGGAACCAAAUCACAAUGUCAACACUGGUGGUUCAUCAGGUUUACUGACUGGCUCAACAUCACGAGGAAGCUAUACACCGCGGCCAUACAGUUCUGAUCAAUUUAACUCCAGCACGACGGCUACACCACGAACGCAACCGGUCUUUCUGGCUGAACUUCUAGACGACGACAGUGUCAUCGAAUUUUACGAAGACUUCGCCAAACUUGCCUUUGGCGACUCCCGCGGCAGCGUAAUGACUACAUGUAAGUUGCUCAAAUACAAGACAAAAGCAGACAGCGGCGUUAUCGCCAGUGGUAAUGGCGAAGUUGGUGCCGCACAGAACAAUGAAGUGGGCAGCGGCGAAGCAAACGAGCUCAACAGCAGUAGUAAUGGCACCACGUCGACCGGGAGAGGACAGCGUCGUUGGGGCAAAGGUGAAAUUGCCGGUGAAGCCGGCAUGAACCAGCUCGGGUUCCGUGACGGGAAGGUUGAGUGCAGCUACUGUUGGACGGUAAAACGGGAUGUCUUUGACAUCCCCAUGCUUAUAGUCAUGAAUGGGGAAAUGGAGUGUAUGGAGGUGAACAUAAUAACGUCUGGGCAACCAAACUACCAAGCUUUUAGGGCCCUUGUUAAGGAUUAA